AUGAGUACAUCCUGGAAAUACAACUGUUCAGACCCGCUUCCCGAAUGGGUCGUCAACAGUGAUAUCACAGGCACCGGUGUUCUUUUCAGCUACAUCAUUACAGCUGGAAUAGUGGUCUUCAUUCUUUCACUUUACUACUUCGUUGCAUAUGAUCCCUCUUAUGAUCCAUUCCAAGGGUCCAGAAGAAACAGUGCACCCAGGGCCUUUUAUCCCAACCUAGUGGACGCACGCAUACUCGAGGAUUUGAGACGUAUAGCAAUGACUUGCCUGGGUGCAUUUGGUUGCAUUCCCAUCAAUCAUAUCAGUUUUGAGGAAGCAUUCAUCAGGCUCUUGACUGGCUAUUCGAUACUGAUCAGUGGCUAUUCACAGCUUGGCUCUGGUCUACAAACAUUCUACUGGCAAAUUGUAGUAGGUCUGACCUGGUUCUCUACCAUUACACAUCUUUCUUGCCUGACUGCGUUGCGCAAUCACCUUUAUCUUCACUCCUCUGAGCGUACAUGGCGGCUAGUCGCCAUGGCUACAUUGUGCGUCCUCUUGGCAAUUGCCCUCGGAUUCACCGCAAACUAUGAUUGGGCUUUUAGUGAUGGCGGCGGCGACAAGCCAACUUACGGGGAUGCCGCAAUCUGCUAUACUCGGAUCAGACCGCCAUUGAGGCAAGCUUUCUAUACCAUGCUAUUCUCGGUCCUGCUUAUAACCUUCUCAUUCGUGGUGCGCAUUGUCAAGCUUUAUCGAUUCCUCUCAGUGGAUGUUUUCGCCAGGGCAAGGUCGAGGGUCAGCCACUGGACAUAUACAUGCUUACGAAUCGUGCAAGGCUGGUCAGGUUCAGCAGCCCAACCACCGAGCUUGAAGUGCAUGGCGUUCUAUUACCCACUAUUAGCAGCUAAGCUAUCAGCAGAUCUGCUUGUCGAUGGAUGGACGUCUGUCUUCAUGGAGGCAAGUUGUCCUUUCCACUUUCCCGCUUGUUUUCUGGCGCGAUCUGACAUUCAAUACAGAUUAUGUUGA